AUGUCUAGCAUACUCAUGCACCACUCUAUAGUCUAUCCUGAUGUUGAAUCCCAGGAUGCGGACGAUGCUACACUCCAACCAAUGCUUCUUGUGAUUCGAUUCUCCAGUAAACUUCCAAGGCAUCUCAUAGAGCAGACCAUACCUAUUGAAAUAUCAGUUUCAAUCACCAAAGAGUUUGGAUGCUUUGCCAUGCCUAUCGUACAAACUAUGUCCUUGGACCGUUGGCGCUCCCUUCCUGGAAGUCCUGUAAAUGAUGUGAGAGUGUUUGUUCUCCUCUCUGUAUACAACUUACAUUCUGUCAAGGACUUUUAA